AUGUCGGAGCGCAUCUUAUCUCCGUGGGGCCUGGAGGAGUCGGGAUACAAAUACGACGCGUCCUGUGUUGAUCCUGACGCACGAUUUGCAGACGGGCUGCAGCCACCCGAGUAUCCCACCGACGAUCUGGAUCCGACCAGUUGGGAAGAUGGCCUACGAGAGAUCGAAAACUUUGAUUGGACAAAUGGGAAGAAUGAUACUGGUCUUCUUGACGAGUCAGAACACGGGACUCAAGAGUCCGGUGAUGGUUCAGCUCUCGAGGCUGUGGAUACUCCAAUCGCGACUAUUUCGGACAACGGCUCAAUGUGCGGCGACAAAGCAGUAGCUCAAACACAGAUACAUCUAUCGCGAGUAAGUCUAGAUGAGGAGAAACAAAACGCAGACCGGGUCUCGCCCACUCUUACGAACACACUACCUCCCGAUACUUCUAAAGCAAAGACGCUGCGUACAUCUCCAAGCUCACCGCCAUGGAUCCCUGGACCCUCCCAACAACAAGAGACCACCAGCUUUGAUACCCCGGCGCAAAACAACUCGAAUGCUCAAGGAGAAAAACUUGAAGUUGAGGACGGGGAUACUAAGCCAUUGGAUGGAAUGGCGAUUGAUGAAUCUUUAUCUGUAACUGCGCUGAUAAAUUCGGGGACAAGUCCUCAGGGCCAAGUCAAUAAUGCUGCAGAGUUAGAUGAAAGGUCAGUUGGCCGUGAAGCAAACGGUAUGAAGUUGGAAGACGAUCAAAAUGAUAACACCAAGUCACACGCAUAUUGUACAUCAAACUCCGCUCAGUUUUACGAAACUUUGCUAUUGACAGCCGCAGUAGCGCAACAGCAGGUACCAGAGGAAUUGGAAGCAGGCUCAGUCAAGGGAUUACAAGUGGCGCUCGAAGUGCCCGAUCACACCCAUAUCGAAUGCGAGGUUUCUAAGAGUGGCAUCCUCGACGAGAAAGAUUUCUCCACGGUCCAGAGGGACAUAGAAAAAGGCGAAAUGGUUUCAUCUGAGAUUCAGCUUUCUUUGGAAGGUGGAAGUAUAUCAGGUAGGACACCACUCCCUUCAGAAGAGACAGAUCAGGUCGUAUCACGCGAGUCGAACGAACAGGCAGCCUCACUAGUCGCGAGUCUACCCGAGCCUCCUGUUGAAGGUUCAGUCAUAUCUCCACCGUCAGAAUUCCUUGCGUGCAAUGAUGAGGCUGGUCAGCUGUGGCAGACCCAAUUGCAGGACGCCGCCAAUGGCCUUCCCAACCUAUUCACCCAAGACAACCAUGGACACGACGAAACCCAGGAUGAAGAACCUCACAAACUCAAGUCUAACGAUACAGUAACUCAAGACGAUAUUGCAGGAUCCGAGCACCUCCACAGCUCCACGAUGACAUUGCCGCCUUUCCCGUUCCACCCCGACAAGGAUGAAAACGACGAGCAGGACAAGCACCCACCUACCGCACUUCCUACGAGCAAAGACAAAGAACCAGAUCCAUCACAAGCCGAUGAAACGUCAACCGAACUCUCUGAAGCACCAUCACACAUCGACGAGGCAGUGUAUGGCAUAUCUCCAGCUGACACCAAGAGCGAGUCAGCUUUCGACUCUACAGCCAACAAUGGAGGCAUUCCGCAUUCUAUGACAGCAAAGAAGCAAGCCGCAGCAGCAUACCCCAGUGAAAACAAUGCAUCCAUGCAGGUUGGCCAGCCAGGUCCUAAGAUCAAAGCCACUACUACCAAUUCAGACGCAGGUCACGAACCAACCAAAAGGGCCAAAAACGCAACAGGUAUUGGUUCAAAGUCUGAGCCUCGAAAGAAGGCAAGCUCCAAUGUAUCUGAACAGGAAGAAAAUAUCAAUGAGACCAAAGACACCAUAGCCCAAGACAACGCGCCUUCACACACCGACUCAGACUCCUCCACCAGUGCGACCAAACCGCGAAAACAGCGCAAGCCCAUAGCCCGCAAACUCUUCCCAUCACACAACAAGAGCGACGAACAGGGCGACCCAGCACCGCAUGCAAAAAAAAGUCUAGAAGACUCACCCGCCGUCUCCAAAUCUGCUUCCAAAUCCUCGACCACAAAGCCAAAAGCCGGACUUGGCACUCCUGAUACGCAAGCUCAAAACUCAGACAAGGCGACAAUGAAAAUAGCAAAGAAGCCGCAGUCGAAUACUUGGCCAGCGAAGACCAGGAAGAGGAAAGCCACAGCAGUCGAUGACGACGACGACGACGAGGCGGACUUCAAAAGCGCAGAUGACGCUUCCGACUCGGACGAGGAUUAUGCUGCUGCUACGCCGGCGAACACUACAGCUAGCAAGAAGAGGAAAGUGAACACCAGGUCGAGUUUUCCGAGGAACGCGGAUGCGAAUGGUAGUAGUAGUACUACUACUGGUGGUGCGAAGGCUAGUCCAAAGACUCAGGCGCCGGCGACUACGACUACGAAUAAAUACGGGUUUACGGUGAAGAAAGGAGCUAGUGCGACGACACAGCGUGGUGGAAAUGGGAAGGCAGCGACGAAGAAGACGGGUGGAGCUGCAUCUGCGUCUGCGUCUGCGACGAACCGAAGGGGUGCGAAGAAGACGGUGGGAGAGGUGUAG